UCCUCCCGUCUUCCUCCUCCAGUCAGCCCCGGCUUUCCCUUAUAAAUACACCUAGCCCACCGCGCCGUUGCUUCCUCUCCCUGUCCAUUUCCUUCCUUGCCGUCUCCUCCAAUCCUAUUCCUUCCCCAGAUCCUCCUAGGGUUAGGGUUUUGUCUCUUCCCCUUCCCCUUCACAUCCCCUCGCCAGAUUACCCCUCUCCCUAAGCUCCUGCUAUGAUGGGCACCGCCGUCGACCUUGCACGGAGGCAGGGGGAGAGCCGCUUCUACGACGCCGCCAGGGCUCGCCGAGCCCACCACCACCACCACGGCCUCCCCAAGUCGUCCCGCUGCACCGCCUCCCACGAGAAGCCGCCGGACCAGCCGUCGCCCUCGCCCUCGCCCUCGCCUGCGGGCAACCUCGAGCGCUUCGUCGCAGCCGUUACGCUCUCCGUGCCGGCGCGCCGCCGCUCCAAGGGAGGAGGAGGAGGGUGGAGGGGUUUCGGCGCGGACGGCCAGCGCGAGAAGCUCUACUUCGCUCUCGGCGACCUCUGGGAGGCGUACAAGGAGUGGAGCGCGUAUGGCGCCGGGGUGCCGCUCCUGCUCGAUGGAUGCGACGGGGUAGUGCAGUACUACGUCCCUUACUUGUCCGCCAUCCAGCUCUACGGGGACCCGGCGGUGCUACACUCGUCGUCUCACAACGCAAGACAUAUGAUGGAUGACAGCGAUGGAGAUUGCCAUGAUUCUAGCAGUGAUGGUAGCAGUGAUUAUGAACAUGUAAGGGUCAAACACUUAUCUCAAGAAGGCUUCUCAAGUGAUGAUGGUGAAUCACUAGAUAACCAUGGCCGCUUGCUCUUUCAAUACCUCGAGUUCGAUUCUCCGUUUUGUCGUGAACCAUUGAGUGAUAAGAUUUCUAGCCUUUCAGACCGAUUUCCAGGACUGAGGACCCUUAGGAGUUGCGAUUUAUCCCCGCGAAGUUGGAUGAGCAUCGCUUGGUAUCCAAUUUACCGUAUCCCUACCGGACCAACAUUGAAAGAUUUAGACGCUUGCUUUCUCACUUUCCAUCAGCUUUCAAAUUGCCCACAAGGAGAUCAUCUGUGGGCUCAUGAUAGCAUGCCAAACAUCCCACUCCCUGUUUUUGGUUUGGCUUCAUACAAGUUCAGCAACUCAGUAUGGUCUUCAACAGAUGGCGAUUGGCAACUGGCUAGCUGCUUAAGGCAAGCUGCUGCUGAUUGGUUGAGAGACAGCCGAGCCAGCCAUCCAGAUUAUCAGUUCUUUGUCUCGCGUGGUGAAUACCACAGGUAGUGACUGUGACUGACUGCUCCUGAAGUCAGAUCCUUGAGCUUUGCUGUUGGAGCAACUUGGCCUGCUAUGUAAAUUGCACUAAUCCGAGGAUUAUGACUGGCUGUGUUUUAUACUUUGUAGUCGGCCAGUCUUAUCUUCCAAGGGAAGUUGGGAUGAGAAUGAAAACAUAAAAAAAGUAGAACAAAAAAUGAUGAAGAAUGGUGGUGAAGAAACUUGCUGUGCUUUUGGUGUAGGUUAAGCUGUUCAACUUUAUGUAAUGCAGAACGUAUGGGGGACAAAGUCUGAUAUAGUUCCCCACAGCUGGCGUCUGUGAACUUGUGAACUAUUGUUGUACUUUUUGUGUUGAAAAAACUUGUUCAUAAAAAUAUCAGGUAUUUGUCUGAUACUAA